AUGAUUUGUGUGUGUGUGUGUGUGUGUGUGUGUGUGUGUGUGUGUGUGUGUGUGUGUGUGUGUGUGUGUGUGUGUGUGUGUGUGUGUGUGUGCAUGGCCAAGGACGCCGCUCGAGCAGGACCGCGACGGGGACGAGCGCCUCAGACCAUGCUACAGGACAUGGAUCCAAACACUGACAAGCUGCAGGGCCACUCGCGCACCAGCAGUGCGGCCUCCUCAAUUGGUGUCGCCCCCGUCCCCUUUGAGCACGCCAAUUCCAUCAAUGCCCAGACGCUUCGCCAGUUUCCUCGCCGGUUCAGCAUCGGGAUUGACAUUGGUGGCACCCUGACCAAGAUUAGCUAUUUUGAACCUGCCCCGAUCCCAGGCGAGCCUGAAGUGGAUACCCGCUUCCGCGACAAGAUCCGCGACCUGAUACGUGCCGAUGAAACGUAUGGUGAGACGGGCCAGCGUGAUGAAGCCUUUGAAUUCUUCUCCGAACCCUUGCAAGGUCGCUUCUACUUUAUGUGCUUUGAAACACGCAAAAUGGACACCUUCCUCGCCAUGAUCCGCGAGCGCGAUAUUCUGCGAGCCGAUACCAUUGUAUGUUGCACAGGUGGUGGGGCUCGCAAAUAUGCCCAAGCCAUACACACCCUCCUCGAUGUCGAUCUUCCCCGAACCGACGAACUUCAGUGCUUGGUCGAUGGCGUCAACAUCGUCCUCCAACAUCCCCUGAAAGAGCUCUACCGCAUCGACCAUCGAUCCUAUCGGCAGACGCAAAGCAGGAGCUGGGUUGACAUGUCCCAUAGCCUCUUCCCCCUCCUCCUCGUGAACAUCGGCAGCGGCGUGUCAAUCCUCAAGGUUCAUGCCGAUGGCCGCCAUCAGCGAGUGGGUGGCACUGCCAUUGGUGGCGCCACUUUCUACGGCCUAUGCGCAGCGCUCACUAGCUGUGAUUCCUUCGACGCAGCCCUGCAGCUCGCAGCCCAAGGAGAUGCGUCCCGUGUUGAUCUCUUAGUCGGUGACAUUUACGGUGGCGACUACGAAGAAUACGGCCUCAGCUCAAAAACUGUUGCCGCGUCCAUGGGCAAACUAGUGCGCCCCAAAGACCGGGCCGUGGCUGAGAGUGCCGAUAUGGCUCGCGGCCUGUUGGACUGCGUCACAAACAACGUGGCUUCGUUGGCAUUCCUCCAUGCCAAGCAGCAGGACAUUCAACACGUGGUCUUUGCAGGCAAUUUCUUGCGUCACAACGACAUCUCCAUGGUCCGGCUGACGGCUGCCUUUGACUUUUGGUCCAAAGGCGAGCUCAAGGCUCUUUUUCUUAACCAUGAAGGCUACCUCGGGUCGAUGGGUGCGCUGGCCUAUGGUGCCAUGCACCUCACCACCCCCGGUGCAAGAGACCCUGACAACUCAACGCCAGAGCCGCCAUCUGCCACCUCCUCGUGAAUUGUGUAAGAGAGACUAAACCAAACUUACAGUAUUAAGAACCCAAAACAUGCACCGACCAACUGAGUCGUGAUACGCAUUAGGCGCAAACUGCGCAACCGUGUACGUGGUGUGCGAUUGGGCGCUCCUCGAGCAUCGAGCAAAAAGAAACCUGCGCGUGCCAAUGCACCCCUCGCAAUGAUUCGCGCGCCCGGACAACAAAAAAAGACAAAAUGAUUGCGAUUCGGAGAUACAUUGCAUGAAUCGAUCAAAUUUUCA